GGUUUUGGAAUUUGCAAGCCUAUUCCUCGCCCGACGAACGCAAGACUAUUCAACCAAACCGUAACUUUGACGCCGGAAGAGUAUCGAAAGCACGACCAUUUACAAUGUCCCUGGACGAACAACAGGUCUCGAAGGCUGUAAGGGCUUUGAUGGCCUAUGAGAAGAAAAGCCAGGCCAUCCAGUCAGAAGAACAGAAAACUAAUCUUAUCGAAGAAGAUGCCAGCAAAUCUGUUCUCGUGAUAGUCGCUACGAAGAAAAUGCCAGACAGACUUCGCCUAAAACCACAGCGAAUUUUGCUUAAACAUCCUCUGUAUGCCGAAUCGGACGUCUGUUUGAUCACGAAAGAUCCUCAGCGAACAUAUAAAGAUUUGUUGCAAUCGAAAGCAGUUACGGGUAUAUCCAAGGUUAUGGGCAUAUCAAAGCUUCGAGCAAAGUUUAAGCCAUACGAAGCAAAAAGACAACUUUGCGCUUCAUAUGAUCUUUUCCUCGCUGACGAGCGCGUCAUACCGCUGCUUCCCUCUCUUAUUGGAAAGACAUUCUUUGCAAAGAAAAAACACCCAGCGCCUGUCGAUCUUACAAAGAACGAUCUUGCGGGGGAAAUCCAGAGUGCGCUUCAUUCCACAUAUCUCAUAACGAACAAUGGAGUGUGCAAUGCGGUAAAGAUUGGGACAACGAGGUUUGACGAGGAGCAAUUGAUUGAGAAUGUUAUGCAAGCGGUAUCGGAAAUUGCAAAAAAGAUUCCAAAAAAGUGGAAUAACAUCCUCUCUAUUCAUCUCAAAACUACGGACUCGAUCGCAUUACCUAUAUUUAACUCAUUGCCCGAUGGACCUGUGGGUGACGGGGAGGAGGUGGAGGAAGGAAUAAAGAAGGAGGCUGUGACAAGGACUGCAAAUGAGGAAGCAGCAAAUAGCACGCCAAAGAAGGCGGCAGUGAAAACAAAGAUGUCUCCCAAAAGUAAAACAGCUGAGCAAACAGGUACGAUAAACGAGGUCAAAAAGGUGACUCCAAAGAAAUCUACACCACAAUCUGCACCGAACUCUGCAGCAAGAAAGGGAAAAGCAAAAGCCGAAAGCACAUGAGCGAUCAGUUACUGUCAUAGAAUCUUGUAACUACACACACUAGUUGUAUAAUAUAUAUUGAAUCCAAAUUGGAUAUUGAAAAUAAUCUCAACUGAAUAAAGUAAGAUAUUCAUCAGGAUAG